AUGGAAGACGUGAACUUAGGGCUUCUCUUCUCCCGACAAUCCUCUGGGACCUGCUCAGCAGGGUCAUUAGCUGAGGAGGCAACGUGUGUACAAGAGUCGACGUGCAACGGUGCUUUCUUCCCGAACCAAUGUGGCACAGGCUCAGAGUGCUGCUUCAUCCGCUCAUGCAACAUCUCCCAAGGAAACGGGUUAUGCAAGAACGAUACACGCGAUGCGUGCGAUGGGUUGUGGUACACGGGGGACCCAUUCGACCCCCCCUGUCCCGGCGAUUCUAGCAUCCGCUGCUGCAUUGCGUUUGCGAAUUUGAAUAACGGCACCGACACAGACGAUUCUUCAGAUUCGAACAACUCCUCAAACGGCCUAACAGGCUCCCAAAUCGGCGGCAUAGUCGGAGGUGUGGUAGGCGGUGUUAUCGUCCUUGCUGCGCUAUUCCUGAUAUUCCUCUUUGGAUAUUGGCGGAAACGGCAACGAAAUCGCCAGAAUGCGGAUAUUGUUGAAACAGUAGAUGGGGACAGGAAAGAGAACGAGAACGGCCGUGGGAGAUUUGUGAAUGAGGUUGAGGCUAGGGAGGUGGCGGAGCUGGAUGGGAAUGAGAGGAGGGAGUUGGAUGGGCAUGGGCAGGCUGUGUAUGAACUUGAGGGGGGGUCAGUUGUUGAUGGUCGACAACGAUGAUGAAUGCUGGGUUUCGAUGUGACCAUUUCCUCUUUUUAGAUGUCUUCUGAUAUCCUUUGUCAUCUGCUAUGGUUAUGAGAAAGUGCUAAUAUCUCUAAUGAUAACUGGGGUUAUUUCGAAUGCCCCAUAAAAUGGCUAAGAACAGCUGAAGAG